AUGACAGCCUAUCUCCCUGAGGAAGUGGUGAUAAACGUACUCUCACGCCUUCCUCCAAAAUCCCUAAUUCGAUUCAAGUGCGUCUCCAAAACCUGGCGCUCUCUCAUCGGAACCCCAGAUUUGAUCUCUCGAAACCUCAUCAACCACUCCACUCUCAUCUCUAAAUCCGAAGACCCCAAUAACCCUCUCUUCUUCCUCGUCAAAGCCACAGACAAAAUCGACACCUCGAAGCACACAUUCUCGUUCCUAUCCUACGACAACCUCAAUCCAGAAUACUCAUCCGAAGUCAUCCUUAACCUCCUACAACCAAACCACGGUCUCAACCUCGACAUCGUCGGUUCCUCCUCCGAUGGUCUCCUCUGUCUCUGUUUCGCAAGCACCAUCUACCUCUGGGACCCCACCACGUCAUCAGUGCUCGAGCCUCUCGCUCCUAUAACCCCUCGCGAAAUGGUCAAUGUCCAUUUCUACAGUGUUGGGUUCGGAUUCGACUCCGUAUCCAAUGACUUCAAGGUCCGCGAGUAA